AUGGAUAAAAUUCAGCAAAUUCUAAAAACAAGCACACCAUCUGGCAAAUUUUUGAUAUCAUUUGGCGAGCAUGAGCCAGUAGAGAUGGAAAUAAUAUCACGGUUUGUUUUUCUAGAAUUUGGAUCUGUAAUUCAAAAAGGAGUUGCAUUUUUAUAUGACUAUGCAGCUGCAGUUAAUAUCGGAAUAGAUUCAGAUCACUCAAUUUACUUCAAUUCAAAUAAUUCUUCCAAUCCUUCAUUUAAAAUUUAUUCAUCAAAUAAACAAAAUAUAGAAAUCAUCUCACACCUAGCUUCAAUGGCACAAAUUUCAUAUAAGGAAUUCCUAAAACUUACACGUACCGUUAAAUUUGACGUAAAAGAGCACAUGAUUUGCCAAUUUCCAGAUUCCCCCUUUCCACGACCAAUUCAACUUCAUCUUAAAGAUCUGAAAGCGAUAGUAUACGAAGGUAAUGACGUUAAAUGUGAAUAUUUAAUAACACAACGAACAAAUUUUUUAUUUCCUCCUUUCAAAACUCAACCUAUGUUCGGACUUACAAACAAACCAGAUGACCUGUUAUGGUUCAUAGUUCCUACUUACGAAAAAGUCGAAGAAUGGUUUUUAAUCGUUUCUUCGAUCCAAGAAGGACUAUCAUUCCAAAAAGAGAGCCUUCUACGCAAUAUGUCUGUAGAGAAAAUAGUAGUUACGCCUAUUAAAUCCGAAAAAGAUCAACCAACAAAAAUUUCUGAAGAUCAAACUACAACUCCAAGUACUCCACCUCAAGAAGGUCUAGAAACAAGAACUGUUACUAAUAGUAAUAAGAAGAAACAUAAAAGAAUGAGUAUUGACGCACCAACACAAGAUCCAGUAGUUAGCUCUUUAAAUAUAGCUUCACAGCGUAGAAAACAACGAAUCAACGAGUUAAUGGAUGAAUCAGACAAAAUUACAGAAAAAUUAAAAUUAAAAAUUUCAAGAUACACGCCAAAAAAGUAUGUUAACGAGAUUACAGCUCCAACAAUUGAUUAUCCUAGCCAAUCUGUUAAAGACAAAAUCGAUAGCAAUUCAUUUUUAGCUGAAAAUCAAAAACAAGUAAAUAAUGAACAGCAAAUCAGGCAAGAAAUAUCGAGAUUGAUAUCAUCUCCGUCAGUUAAUAUCAGUAGAUACUUCGGUUCUUCAUGUAAUUAUUCUCCUCUUUCUGUAAAAUUUGAUUACGAUCCUUUUGCACCGGAAUCAUUUGUUGCUUCCUUCAUAUCAGCAACUCCAUCCGAUUCUUAUAUCCUUUUAAUGGCUCUUGUUAAAAAUGGAGCAACAACAAGCGCAUUAUCUCCAAUUUACAACUGUACAAGCGAUGCAAGCGAAGGACCUAUAGCCGAACUUGCUUCUAUUGUUGAUGCCCACAUCAAAGAUUUAUUUGAUUUCAUUCUUGAUGAAUUAAAUAAUUUACAUUCGUAUUAUUCCCCAGCAGCUCUAACAAGAGACUUCGAUUUAAUUAAAUAUCUAAGGGAACUUCAUAAACCACUUGAAAGGCCUGCCAAUUUCCCAGAUUCUCUGCCUUUUUCAUUUGAACAUCGACCAGUUGAAGGAAUAAGGCAUUGGAUAUUUAAUAUUUUAUAUGAGACACGUAUGAAGAAUCCAGAUACCCGUAAAUUCAUAUUCCAAUUAUGCCGUUGUCUCUCGAAAUUCUUUUCUCACUACCUUAUCUCUGGAACUGUCGAACAAUUCUUACGCCAACUUGCAUCAGAAAGCAACCAAAGCUAUCUAUGGUCCGCUCUCAAGAAAAAUCAGGAAUGGAGCCUUUCAUGGUAUCUUUUCUUGCUGAAAUUAUACAAAGAAGACACAUUAAUUCAAUGGUUCUCAGAAAUAUUCAAUAACCAUAAGGCUACACUACAGAAAUCAUAUGCUCCAUGUUCAUCAGUUCUUGAUUCAACCGCAAUUAAUACUGCGCUAUGGUGCUUAUCACUAUUUGUUGAUCUCAAGUUACCAGCUGACUUUGAAGAAGAAAAAUCUUCUAUUUCUUUCAUUUCAUUCUUUUCAAAUCUUAUUUAG